GUUGCAGCUGAAAAUAUCCAUCCACUCUGAGAAUCCUCUAACCUUUGUGCUUGGAGAAAGAAGGAUCAGCCCUGCACUGCGAUGUCGUCAUGGAUACUAGCAGGCUUGGGAUCGCUCGGAGAGGCCUUCAUCGGGAGCUUGAUAGAAAAGAUCAGCGACGAUGCGAUCCCAAGGUUGUCGGAGGUGUUCGGAAUCGGAGCUAAGCCCGGAGACGGAACUGACCUCCUCAAGCUGAAGACUACUCUUACCGGGACUAAGCACAUCAUCGGCAGAGUCGAGAACAUGUGGAUUAAUGAUGAAGACACGAAAAAGCAAUUGAAGGAAUUGGUGAUGGAACUGAAGGACACUGCUUAUGACGCUUGACGAGAUCCAGUUCCGGGUUCUGAAGAAACAGAUGGAGCAACAAGGAGCACAGGGUGAUGAGGCAAGUGUUGAUGUUGAUAGGAAGAGAGGAUAGAAUAUCGUGGUCUUCUGCCAGUCCUGCAAUUGAGCUAUCGUGGUCUUCCCCCACACCUUAAGCGGUGCUUUGUUUUCUGUUCCCUGUUCCCCGAAGAUUGUCGGUUUUAUGAACCAGACUUGAUCCAGCUUUGGAUGGCAGAAGGCUACGUUGCUCAAGACAAUAUGAAAGACAAUAUGACGCUGGAGGCUAUAGGAAGCAGUUACUUCCGUGAGUUAGUGAACAGAUCUUUCUUUCAGGAAGCUCCUUGGGGAUCGGCAUAUGUGAUGCAUGACCUGAUACACGAUCUUGCUCACUUUAUUUCAGAGGGGGAGUUUUGCAGGAUCGAUGAUGAUGAGUCGAAAGAGAUCCCUAGGACGACUCGUCUGUUAGCAACAGUAACCAAUGGAACUAAGUUAAUGGGGCUCUCCUGUUAUGAUAAAUUGCGGACUCUCAUGAUCAAUUACAAAAGUCAUUGGUAUGGCUUUGGAGUCAAGGGCUUUUCGUUCCCUCGGUUUGAAAGAUUAAAAAACAUUCGAGUAUUGAUAUUGCAGAGCUGCGGCUUGCGAGAGUUGCCAGAGACAAUUGGUGGCUCGAUACACCUCCGCUACCUUGACAUAUCCCACAACCGUUACAUUAGGAGGCUGCCAAAGUCAUUAUGUGGUCUUUACAAUUUACGAGUACUGGAUCUGCAGGGCUGUGAACUACAGAGUUUCCCACACGGCAUGAGCAAGUUGAUCAACUUGAUGCAUCUUAAUGCGGAAGACGAAAUAAUUUCCGAUAUAAAUGAUGUUGGGAAGCUGACUUCUCUUCAAGGAUUAUCUUCGUUCAAAGUACUCAAGGAUCAGGGACGCGAGGUUGCCCAACUAGGCGGUCUGAAACAGCUUCAUGGACAACUUCGAAUUUCCAACCUUGAGAACGUUGAGAGUAAACAAGAAGCAAGCAAGGCUAAUCUGAACAACAAACAGUACCUUGAUGCACUAGCCUUAGAAUGGACAUCGGAUGAUGGCUCCAGUUUAGACGGCAAUGAAUUAGUUGUGUCGGAGGAGGUACUUGAAGGUCUCCAACCACAUCAGGCUCUCCAACGUUUGAUGAUCGUAGGGUACAUUGGUGUCAGAUCACCCAGUUGGCUGCAGGCACAAUUGUUAGCGAACCUGAUGACUCUUGGUUUGGAAAAUUGCAAAGCAUGGAAGGAUCUUUCUUGUAUCGGACAGCUACCGAAUCUCAAGAACCUUUACGUGGGGGGAAUGCCUGCAGUGAAACAAAUAAGUCAUGAAUUAAGUACAGAGAGCAAGUUCUUGCCUAAUCUGGAAAGGCUAGUGCUGAUGGACGUGGCAUUGGAGGAACUCCCGAGUCUUGGACAACUGCCGAGUCUCAAGGUUCUUCGCAUCGAGAGAAUGCCGGCAGUGAAGAAGGUGGGCUAUGGAUUCUUUGGUUCUAGAGACCAAGGCAAGUGUUUUCCUAGCUUGGAGAAGCUCAAGUUCAGGGACAUGCCAGAAUUGGAAGAGUGGUCUUGGCCUGAUGGCCGACAGCUGUUUUCCUGCUUGCGAGUUCUUGAAAUUGUACAAUGCCCGAGGCUUAAGAGGUUGCCACCCCUCCCUCCACUUGAAACAUUAAGAUUAGAUGAAGUCGGAUUGACAGAAGUUGCAGGGUUACGGGAAGGAAUCCAUGGAGGCGGCAGUUGCAUAACUGCUUCUCUUUCAACAUUGACAAUACGAAAAUGUCCAAAUCUAAGAAAUCUGGAAGAAGGGUUGCUAUCGCACAGCUUACCAAAUAUCCGUGACAUUGAGAUAGUGGAAUGUGCGGAACUCAUGUGGCAGCCGGUGAAGGGGUUUAAAGAACUCACCUCCCUUGUGGCAUUGUCAAUCCGCAGUUGCCCGAAUCUCUUGAGCAUGACGCGAGAUGGGGACAAUGACAUCCUCCUUCCACCCCCGAUCAAGCAACUAGUGCUGUCUGACUGUGGGAAUCUAGGAAAAUUGCUACCGGGCUGCCUGCACAAUUUGACCUCACUCACACGAUUGGAAAUAGGCGACUGCCGGUGCAUAGAGUCUCUUCCAGCAACGUCGCUGCUUCACCUGAAACGACUUCAAUAUCUGAAGUUUUGGAAAUGUGGUGAGCUGAGAUCAAAAGACGAGUUGUUGCUGAAUGAAGGGAAUAAGCAAGUGGAGGGUUCGUCGGUAACUGAAUUAUGCAUCGACGACACAGCCCUGUUCAAACUAUCGCUCUUAAGAAGGAUACUUCCAUCCGUCCGUGUUCUCACAAUCUCAAACUUUCCUCGAGCGACGAUGUCUGGUGAGGAGGAGCAGUUGCUUCGAAGCCUCACAGCUCUCAGAUGGCUAGAAUUCAAGGAUUGCAAGAAUCUACAAUCGCUACCGACAGAGUUGCAUGCCUUUCCCUCCCUUUGUCUUCUAACAAUUAUUGGAUGUCCGGAGAUUCAGGCGCUACCUGAGAAUGGGCUGCCGAUGUCCCUCAGGAAUCUACAUUUCGAAGACUGCCAUCCGAGGCUGACGGAGCGGCUGGAGAAGCACUUGGCCGAGAUGAAGAGCUCGGGUCGAUUUUUGGCUGUUGACCCAUUGGAGAUACAUGAAGAUAAAAGGAGUAGCUCUGGAUAUCAUUUGAAGAACUAUUUAAGCGGAUUGUACCUUUAACAGUAUUGUACAUUUAGAUUACUUUUUAAUGUGCUAUUUGGAUUUGAAUGUUAUGAACUUUUAAGGAGUUAUUGAAUUUAUUGUAGAAUGUAGAAACUAUUGAAAAUUAGAUAUUUUGGUAUGGUAUGUCGUCAAUUUUAAGUUCCUAUA